UCCGGGCGGCAGCUAGAGGUGCCACGCACCGGGUUCCAGCCUUUUUGCAGCAUAGUCUCUAGCGGUGAUGGCGGGUAGACAGUUUGCGUGGAGCGGGGCGUCUCUUCUCCAGCUCCUUCUUGGCGUGAACCUGAUAGUGAUGCCCUCCACCCAGGCCCGGAGUCUGCGCUUCGUUACGUUGCUGUACCGACAUGGAGACCGUUCGCCAGUGAAGACGUAUCCCAAGGACCCCUAUCAGGAAGACGAGUGGCCUCAGGGGUUUGGUCAGCUAACUAAGGAGGGGAUGCAACAGCACUGGGAGCUGGGCCAGGCUCUGCGGCAGCGCUACCACGGCUUUCUCAACACCUCUUACCACCGGCAAGAGGUUUAUGUGCGAAGCACAGACUUUGACCGUACUCUCAUGAGUGCUGAGGCCAACCUGGCUGGACUCUUCCCUCCCAGCGGGAUGCAGCGUUUCAACCCAAAUAUCUCUUGGCAACCUAUCCCUGUCCACACUGUGCCCAUCGCUGAGGAUAGGCUGCUGAAGUUCCCGUUGGGCCCAUGUCCCCGUUACGAGCAGCUGCAGAACGAGACCCGACAGACACCAGAGUAUCAGAAUGAGAGUAUUCAGAAUGCACAAUUUCUGGAUAUGGUGGCCAACGAGACAGGGCUUACAGACGUGACACUGGAGACUGUCUGGAAUGUCUAUGACACACUCUUCUGUGAGCAAACACACGGGCUGGUCCUGCCACCCUGGGCCUCACCCCGAACCAUGCAGCGUCUGAGCCAGCUAAAGGACUUCAGCUUCCGCUUCCUCUUCGGGAUCUACGAGCAGGCGGAGAAGGCCCGGCUUCAGGGGGGAGUCCUGCUGGCUCAGAUACGGAAGAACCUCACCCUGAUGGCUACCUCCUCCCAGCUCCCUAAGCUGCUGGUUUACUCUGCGCACGAUACCACCCUAGUCGCUCUGCAGAUGGCACUGGACAUCUACAAUGGGGAACAGGCCCCCUAUGCCUCCUGCCACAUAUUUGAACUGUACCAGGAAGAUAAUGGGAAUUUCUCAGUGGAGAUGUACUUUCGGAAUGAGAGUAACAAGGCUCCCUGGCCCCUGGUCCUGCCCGGCUGUGCUCACCGCUGCCCACUGCAGGACUUUCUUCACCUCACAGAGCCCGUUGUGCCCAAGGACUGGCAGCAGGAGUGCCAGUUGGCGAGCGGCCCUGCGGACACAGGCGAUGGCCUCCCUUCUCAUAUCCCUGAGAAAACAGUGCUGUCCAGGAGAGCAGGGGCUCAUCCUCCCACCAGCAGAUCUUCCAGCUCGCUUGCUGGUGUGAGCCACUACCUAAGGCCAAGCUCUCCACGGACGCUCCGGGUCCAUCUCUUCUCACUUCCACAGGGACUUGGGGGGCCCCAGUGUUUCCUGUUUACUGGGUCAGUCCCAUCUUGAAAGUGUAAGGAAGACCUCUCAGGGCCCCAUCUUCCUCCAGCCACCACUCUGUCCCUGUUCCCUGUGAAAGUGGAAUCCUUUGCCUAGACUCUGGUUUUGCUUGUUCAGUGCCCGUUCUGUCAGGCUCAUGCUAGACAGCCUUGCGUCACGUUCUCCAGUGAAGCCACUUUCGUAAAGGACCAGUGGCUGCCUCUUGUCAAAGCCUGACCAAUUCUUAGCUUCUCUCAUCUCUUAGGGGCAUGAUAUAAUAAACUCUUCCUUCUUUAGACACUUUCUUGGUUUCUCUUCUGACUUACAGUUAGCUUCCUUACUGGUUUUUUUCUCCCCACUAAACAAUGGACGGCCCAGGUCUCAUCCUGGCCCUUCCCCAUCUGUGCCCACUCCCAGGGCAAUCCCAACCAACCUCGUGGCUUCACAUACUACCUCCAUGCAAAGUUCUAUCCUUUUAUGACUCAGAUUCAUGACGUUUUUUCUGAGCUACAGACUCACAUAUUCAGUUGCUAACUUGAGAUCUUUGUGUGACCCUGAGUCCUCUUGAAUACAAUCUUUCUCAGACCCCAUAUGCAGUCCACUAGCAGGUCCUAUCAGCUUGACCUUUAAAAUACAUCUUCUUGGGGCGCCUGGGUGGCUCAGUUGGUUAAGCGACUGCCUUCGGCUCAGGUCAUGAUCCUGGAGUCCUGGGAUCGAGUCCCGCGUCAGGCUCCCUGCUCAGUGGGGAGUCUGCUUCUCCCUCUGACCCCACCCCCUCUCAUGCUCUCUCUCUCUAUCUCAUUCUCUCUCUCAAAUAAAUAAAUAAAAUCUUAAAAAAAAAA